AUCUGGCCCCUCCCUCCAAACCUCCAGACCAGUCAAACUGAAUCAGGCUGUUCUUAUGACUAACUUUGGAAGACACUAACACAUCAAUUUAUUUUUACAUUAAAUGGCUGCCACUUUGCAAAGACAGAUAAGAAUAUUGAGUUGUGUUGUGUACAGGGAGCUCACCAGCCAGUGUUUAUAUCUGUGCUCCCCUUGGUUUCACCACUCCUGCCAUACAUGCACACAGAUAGACGUACACAGACUCUUGGACUGUGUGACUUUGGACACAUCACCUCCCAUUUUUAGACCAUUCUUUCAUCAUCUGCCGAUGUCAGUCACAUGAGACAAUCUCUGGAAAGUUCCUGGACUCCAGACAUCAGUAGCCCCCAUUGCCUUCUGCCCCAGGCUCCUCCAAUUCCCAGCCCCAGGAGAAAGCAAGAGAGACAACGGAAGGGCAGAUAGACAGGUCCAAGCCUGGUUUAUACCUGGGACUCUUCCCACAGGCCACCAUUUUUACUACCCGAGUGCCACUCACAGAUCUUUUUUUUUUUUUUUUUUUUGUCUUCUUCCUUUUUAUCAGUACCAGGGAUCGAACUCAUGACUGCCUGCUUGCAAGGCAGGCGCUUUUGCCGCUGAGCUAAAUCCCCAGCCCCCUCACAGAUCUUUUCUAACCAAAACUGCGGUUAAAUGAUCUGAAGACAAGGAAAACCUAUGUGAAUUAAUUAGGAAGGCAGCUGGGCCAAGCAGGAGAGGUGUGGGACCCGAUGACAAGUCAGGUUUGUGGAGGGGGUGACCUUCUCCACAGGCAGAGGCUGCACCGUGGAGGUCUGGGAAGCUAGAGGCCAGGGUCUCUGUAUCCUCUUUCUUGGCCUCUGAGUAAAUGUUGUGUGGGGUGAGACCAAGUUCAUCAGUGCCACUGCCCAUUCCGGCUCCACCUUACACAGGAAACGCCUCCUCACCCGCAGUGACCACAUCCCCAAAGGUUGCCUAGGAAACACUCUGUGGGGCAGGAGGAGUUGGGGCAGUUGCCCUGCAACAGGUGGCAGCUUCCUUUCCGCUCUCAUCUGACGCCAGCCCACUCUGUGCUACAGACACCCUCCUGCACAUCCCAGCAUGCACAGGGAGAGUGGCGCUGAGAAGGCACAGGAGCCCAGCCAACCCAAGAUGCCUUCAACUUCCACUCGACUCACCGGGCACAUGGAGGGACCCCCUGCAACGGAGGCAACCUUCUGGCCCCCGCUUCCCUGCGGCCCCUGCAUUCCCAUCCUGCUGGCCCUGGCCUCCCUCGCUGCCUUCUUCAUCCUAACGACAGCUGUGCUGGCUGAACGCUUGUUCCGCCGCUCUCUGCACCCUGACCCCAGCCACCGAGUGCCCACCCUGGUCUGGCGCCCCGGAGGAGAGCUGUGGAUUGAGCCGGCAGGCACCGCCCGAGAGCGCUCUGAGGACUGGUAUGGCUGUGAGGAGCCCUUGCUUACUGACAGGAGCCCAGACUUUCCUCCACCUGGGGGGACCUUGGAGGCCCGGGCCAGUGCCCCACCUGCCCCUUCAGCCCUGCACUCUUCCCCCAGCUCCUCGGUCCCCCAGGAGCACCCUAAUAUCCUAGCUCAAAGCACCUUCUGGGGGCCCCAGCCAUGUGGGGAGAGACCUCCCACCACAGGCCUAGUGAGCUGGGUGGGGCCUGAGCUGAGGCCAGAGGCCACCCCAAUGCUUGGGAGCGCCACAGCCUGGAGACCAAGGCCAGGGAGCCCUGAGCCUGACUGGAGCCUUCAGCCUCGGGUUACCCUGGAGCAGAUCGCUGCAUUCUGGAGGCGGGAAGGCCGGACCAGUGUGAGCUUCUGAAUCCCCAGGGCCUCCAGUGGGACUGGCCUCCCAGAAUGCCCUCUGGAAGGCACGGUGGCCCCAAAGCUGUCUCAGGGCAGAUGCUCCUCCCAAGCCUCUCCAGUCUGAAUUUUCCAUUCUCCUAUGCCUAUAAUAGUGAGCAGGCUUGAGUGUGGACAGAGCCUGUGUUCAAAGGAUGCCCAGAAAGUGCCUCUCAUUGUGCAUCCAUUGAUCACCCACCAUGACUCAGAGGGCUGGAGGUAAGGCCAAGGCUGGCCCAAAGGCUUGAAGUUUGCAUUUCAGAAUAAGAAGUCAAAGUAACAGACACACAGGAAAUGGCAUCAAACCAGCCCUUUCCCCUGUCAGUGGGUACCUGAGGUACCAAAGGGCCCAAAGAGGAUGCUGAAGAGCAGCCUGGAAGCGGUGCUGAUAGGUGACUGGUGUGUUGGCAGGAGACAACAGGAACCCAGCUUCCCAGAGCCACAGAUCUUAUCCCUUUGCUGACUUUCACUCCUGUCUCCCACCAUGAGGUUAUCCAAGAAAAUACACACAAAGGCCAAGACCAGGCAAAGGAGCCUUUUAUUACACUGACUGUGGCCUUCAUCCCCAAAUGGCAAGGAGGAACUGACCUGAGCUGGAGAGGCCCUGUCUCACCUGGUGUUGGGACUUAAAGCCAGAGAAGACCCACAGGCUCUGCACAGCCUCUCUCGGCUGCAUCCAUCCCAGCCUCCAGGGUCCCAGUGCUCCCUGUUGAGGGCCACCAGGCCAAGGAGAAGGAGUCUGAGCCAGCGUGGAAAAGGCUUGCCGUGGGCAAGAGCUGCUCCCAAAACCUGGCCUCUGGCCAUUUUCCUUCCCCGCUUGCUGGAAUAGUCCAAAUAGGGGUGUUUAUAAUGAUCCACCCCACUGAAAUGGAGCCCCAAGUGCUAGUGGACUUACAGCAGAGGCCCCUUCCCUGACUCUACUCCUACUCCUGACCCUAGCCCUAAUUCUAACCCUGGGGAGUGGGAUCUUCCUAGGGGCUGAUUUCCCAAACUUCCAUCAUGAAUAUCAGAAUUUUUGACAUAUCAACUUAUUACCUUUAGUAUUACUUACUUUAUAUUUUUCUUUUUUAUAAACUUUUUUUUUGUUUUUUUUCCAUUUUUAUCGGUACCGGGGAUUGAACUCAUGACCGCUUGCUUGCAAGGCAGGCGCUUAUGCCGCUGAGCUAAACCCCCAGCCCUAUAUUUUUCUUUAAAUUGACUAUUUGCUUAAUAAAUUUAUUGUAAAAGAAA